AUGUGUAGCCAUGAAAGAGGCAAUCUCGCGCUCAUUGCCUUGAACAGCGACUACGACCUUCUUUUCACCUCAAUGGCCUUGUCGUCAUUGAUGAGACCACCAAACUCCACAAUACGUGUAAACCAGGCCAUCUCGCAUUCUCGAAUCGACACAACGACGGUGCGGAGCAUGCCCCGACCUUUCUUCGCGCAUGGAUAUCUUCAAAGACUUCCAGUUGAGCUACUCUGUUUGAUUCUGGGACACCUGGAGAUGCGUGAUCUCCUUGCGUGCACCCUGGUCUCAAAAGGCAUUCGGAAAGCUGCAUUAGAAUCCUCUCGCAUCCAGUACACGAUCGAGCUCGCGAGGCAUCGCAUGGUCUCGUUGCUUUCGCCCUCCGCCUCGCCCGCCUUCGCCACACGAUUAAAAUUGCUCCGUGACAGAGAAAGGGCCUGGAAAUACAUGGACUGGAAGAAAAGACACACAUUGAAGUUGCCACCGACCGGGUCGGUGUACGAGUUUGUGGGUGGCCUGUAUGGAAAUGGGAGGGAGGAUGACAGUCGUGCGACGGCGUCGAUAUCGUUCCUGGAGCUUCCGUCGACCGAUGGCAUGUUUUUCGGCGAACCCCCUCGAGAAUUGCAAAUGUGGACACAUGCGAUGGGCGACGUGACUAUCAUCGACUUCACCAUGGAUCCCUCGCAGGAUCUGUUGGUCCUUGUGGCAUUGGCUCCUCCCGACUCUAAAUCCGUCUACGAGCUGCACCUUCGGUCCUUGAAGACUAACCGACCGCAUCCGAAGGCGCCUGUGUCGGUAUUACCCUGCCUGUCGCAGCCGACGUCUCAGCCACAGCCUUCAGACGUAGUGGCCGCGGUUAGAGUGCAAGUUUCCGGGAAUCUGGUUGCACUGCUCAUCAAGGAGGUGCUGGACAACAGUGGGGCACAUCUGGAGAUCUGGAACUGGGAGCAUGGGGCGCAAUAUUCGUCCUCCAUGUCUCGGCCGUCCGGUAUCGACGAUUUUACUUUCCUGACACGCGAAUCAUUUCUCCUCGUUCGACCUACUGGACGCUUUGAAGUUUAUUCUUUCGUUGAGCCCCUCCAUCGACCGACGAUCCCCGUCCUUCGUGCAUCUUAUGCAUUUCCGCCACUCUCUGACGGCUUCUUGUACUGGUACAUCUCUAUGAGCAGUAACCCUGCACCGGGCUACGUUCCACGCUCGUUCAAUGGCGCCCAAGAUGAUCCGACGGAGGUCGGCAAACAAAUUUACUAUCCGCGGCCAGACGAGCGUAUCCACGCUUGCUGCCUCUACAUCUUCAAUCCUACAGUCGACGAAAACCCUGUCGUGCACUCCUUCGUUUUCUUCAUUAACCUGAAGACGCUACUCAAUCCUCCUCCAGAGUGGUUCCCGAAAGGCCAACAACCCCCGCACACCAAACCCCCGAAAAAUCCCUCCACAAGACAGUCAAAUCGUUCAGAGUCCGAUCCAUACUCCUCGGACUCCAGCACGCCGUCUUCAGCUCCUCCAUCCAUGGACUUUCAUCUAUUCGGACUCGCCUCGUCAUCGACAUAUAUGAACAGCAUCGCGACAUCAGCUGCCUACACCUACCCGCCGUUCCCGACUUUCGAUUCACAUUUUCCGAGCCCUCCAACGGCCAAUGGCCACUCUACCUCCCAUGAUCUGCAGCCACAACCGACGUUAUACUCUGCCCUAUCGGCAUCGACAUCAACAGUCGCAUUUGUAUCCGAAUCCACCUCGACUUCCACAACCCCCUCCACAUCAACGUCAAACCGGCGUUCAGAUAAUACCGCACGUUCUUCACCCAGCUCGCCCGUGCAGCCGAUCCCAUGGGAGGUCUGGGGCCCGAAGAACACGCGCUGGUUUGAGGAAUGCCUGAGCACUGAUUGGCAGCAUGCCAUUUACGGCCUGCGGACCGUAGAGAGCGUCCGCCUGAGGCUGGGCCCCGAUGGCGGGCUCUCUCCGACAACCGCCCCGCACACGCCGAUGUUUCUGUUCCACCCGCAGGCUGUCGGUGUUGCGAACACAAAUGUCCCUGGUGUCGUCCAAGUAAACGUGGUCAAUGCGAAUGGACAGCAACCAACUGCUGUCAACGGGGUGCAGGUGCAGGUGCAGGUGCAGACGAAUGGAGCUUCGUCAGUUUCCGCCAAUCCCCCACCUGCGCAGAACGGCCCGAGUUCCAGUACGACAACAAACUCGAAUCUUCAGCCUAUGGGCCAGCAGGCUCAGCCGCAGCCAACCGCAACCGGCACCUCAACUUCAGCCACAAGCACUUCCGAACGAUGA